GCUUCUAAAACUACACUUCUCAUACCACCACCAUCCAGAACUUGAUAGAUGUUCUUGGCUCUUCAUACCACAUCACAGUGGAGCUUCCACCGACCAACUGCUCCUAAUCCUUGGGUUGAGCUUCUGAAGGCAAAUCUGAAGCUUCUAAGAAGCAAAUUUCUACACUCUAGCAAUGGCUUGCUUCCCUCUGUUCCGGUGGAAGAAAAAUUCCAGAAGCCAAACUGUGUCAGCAUUCUGGUGGAACAAAAAGUGCAGAAAACAUGCUGUGCAGCAGGUCACAGACAUGCCAACAUACGGAAACGUGAAGAUUUACUCCUCCAAGGAGCUCAAAAAGGCCACGAGGAAUUUCUGCUCUGCAAACAAACUUGGACAGGGCUCUUUCGGCUGCGUCUAUCUGGGAAAACUGAAGAAUGGCCAGAAAGUUGCCAUCAAGGUGCUCUCCUCAGAGUCGAAGCAAGGGACAAAAGAGUUCUUGAAUGAGUUGAGUGUCAUAUCCAACAUAACGCAUCCCAACCUUGUUAAACUGUAUGGCUGCUGUGUCGACGGAGGUCAAAAAAUGCUGGUCUACAAUUAUCUGGAGAACAACAGCAUUGCAAAGACCCUCUUUGGCAAUUCCCGCAGUAGUAUCCGGUUUGACUGGAGGACAAGGGUGAAGAUCUGCAUCGGUGUAGCCGACGGUCUCUCUUAUCUGCAUGAAGAAGUCCGGCCACCUAUCGUCCACCGUGACAUCAAGGCAAGCAACGUUCUGCUUGAUAAGGACCUGAACCCCAUGAUAUCGGAUUUUGGGCUAGCAAAGCUCUUCCCAGGCAAUAUGACACAUAUCAGCACCAGGGUUGCAGGAACAUUAGGGUAUCUGGCACCUGAGUACGCGAUCCGAGGGCAGCUGACAAAGAAGGCUGAUGUCUACAGCUUCGGAGUUCUGCUCCUGGAAAUUGUCAGUGGCAGGUGGCACACUGACCCGAGAUUGCCUCUUCAAGAUCAGUUCCUCCUAGAAACGGCUUGGACACUCUACGAGUCUGGUGAUCUUGAGAGCAUCAUCGACAAGACUUUAAAAGAUGGUUUCAGCACCGAGGAAGCACAUCGGUUUUUGAGAAUAGGGCUUCUGUGCACACAGGAUACUGCAAAGAUCAGGCCCUCCAUGUCGAUGGUCGCCAAGAUGCUAAAGGGCGAGUGCACCGUCAGCGACAAGAUCAUGAGGCCAGGCCUGAUCACAGAUGUCAUGGACCUGAAAGUCAGAGCAAUUGAGCCUCCCCAGUUAACUGCAUCUCCCUCAAUGUCUCCUAUGGACCACUCACGGGUGUCUACACUUGCACUCGCCGGUAGCACUGUGAUAAGAGAGAGCCCCUGAUGAAAAUUUGAAGACACGUGGAGGACCAUAUAUGCAUGGGUAACGACAAGAAUGACGAGAAGAAUGACAAGAUAGACACUUAAUUUUGUUUGUAUAAGUAGGGUGUCAGUUAGAUAUAUUGUCAGUUGUUUGUACAUGUAAUAGCUGGGUUUUUGAUGAUCAACAACUGAAGAUCCUAAGGUCACAUGUUCCAGUUUUAACGACUGAUAACAUGUUCCAGCAUAACAAGAUUUAAGGGCUCAUAAUACCAUCA